UGAUGCGAAUAAUAUGUGGCGCUGCAAUUCAUUAAAGUAGCCUACCUAACAAAUGUAAUACAAUGUUAGUCUUUUACACAAAGCGCACGUUUCUCGUCUAGCAUAUGUGACAGAUGAAGGUGGCUCCACCCCUCUACUGAAAUCUCCCAUCUGAGAGCUCAUUCAUACUGAAGAGAUGUGCUGCGCGAGCCGCGCUCAACCUAUGCACGCGCGGCACAUUUAUCCACAAAUGCUCGGAGAAGAAACCACAUCGUGCAAGUAGCAGUUUGAACGGAAAAUGGUUAUAUUAUGCACUGCAUUUGUUGAACACAAGUGCAUGAAGACCAGCGGAUGGGUACUUAUAAGCACUUCGUGGCGCGCAGUAACUGUAGAAGGAAACUUCCAUGCGCUCGGUCUGAUCACCGGAUCCUCUGAGAGGGAAUGAGACGAGUGAAGUCGAGAAAGUUAGACUGAAGGAAAAUGUCGGCGACAGAUGCCUCACCUUUGUCCAACAAAACCACCCAAUUUGAGUACGAGGACGCGGUCGAGGGCAACUGGCAGCUUCUCUUUGGUUUAUCCUUCGCCAUCGCCACUGUCACUUGCUUGGGAGGUUUGUACUCGCUUAUGUCACUGCUCAGGAUGAGAAGUAAGUCUUCCCUCUGUCUGAUAGUGGCUUCUUUAUCCAUAGACGACCUGAUCAGCGUCGUGCCGCUCACGCUCUUCAUGAUCUUGCAAUGGAGGAGCGGAGACGCGAACCGGUCGGGCACAAUGUGCACUCUGUCCGGACUCCUGUAUGUUUUCCAAGGGUUGGCAAGCAAUAUGAAAGUCUGUCUCAUAGUUGCCUACACUUUUUACGUGACAAAACGCUUUGGAGUGUAUCAGACGGCUAACCGACCUCUCGGGGUGGUUGUGGCGGUGGUGGCGGUGUGGACGGUGAGUCUCGCGGUCAGCGUCCUGCCCGUGUGUGGCUGGGGUCGCUUCGCCCCCACUUCUCUCGGCUGUCUCCCGGAGAACGACAGCCUGUACGUGCUACUUCUGUUCGCUCUUUAUUCACUGUGUUUCUGCGGGCUGGUAGUUUGCUCGGUUCCUCUCAUCUACCAGCUUAUGUGCUCCACGGAGGCCCUGAGAACAUUUUACCCGAGCUAUUUUGAAAUUGCCGGGUCGGCGCCGCUGUGUGAGAUCCCCUCUCUGUCACGGGAUAGCUUGGAGAAAAGUUUGGGAGCCUACAAAGAAUUCAGCCCAAACACUGGCAGUUUUAAGAACAAAACGGAGACGUAUUCCUUCUCGUACUCUCCAGCAACCGGCCAUUUCCAGAAAGAUGAAGCUCAGAGUGCACGACAUUCCCCUGUGUUUUUCUCUCAGAAGCGCUUCGCGAUGAUUCUGGCCAUGGCGCGAAUGGUUCUGUGGAUGCCAAUGAUGACCCAAAUCCUGGUGAGUCAUGCUGUUCAUAUGCACAGCUCGUCCUUGGAGACUCUCUGUUUUUUCCUGACCUUGCUCUCCGCGGCAGUCACCCCUGUAUUCAUGCUUUCGGAGCGCUGGAUCCAUCUGCCGUGCGGCUGUUUCAUCAACUGCCGUCAAGGCGGAGGAUCUGAGCUUUCCAACGCAAAGAAAAGGAGAUUUGAAUUCAACCUCUCAUUCCAGCAAGCCUAUGGCAUCUACAAGAUCUCCCACGUCAAGUCACCAUCCAUCGAGAAACCCUCUUUUAACAGUUUAUACAGCUGCGAUUUCUCUGAGAGCAGAGUGGCGGUGCUGAACAGCGGUCAGAUCCGUAAGUUCAGCACCACGGCAGCAGAGGACAGCUCCCUCCACAGCGAGCUGCUGCUCGAAGAGAAAGCAGACAGCCAGCCUCAGAGCUCCACAGAAAGGGAUGGUCCGUGCAGUGUCUCACCUCAAGUUUCUAACUGCGAUUGUGAGGAUCUUCACCUCGACAACUCAUCUGUAUUUGAUGGUCCAGAGAGGAGGCUGUCUCAUGAGGAAUGUUGUAAAAUCGAGCUGACAGAUUGGGAGUGGUGUAGGAGUAAAUCAGAAAGGACACCCAGACAGAGAUCGACAGCUGGGUUGGCCAUUCCAUUAUGUGCCUUCCAGGGUACCGUUUCCCUCCAUGCCCCCACAGGCAAAACACUGUCCCUCUCCACCUAUGAAGUCAGCAGCGAUGGCUUUAAGAUCUCUCCCAACAAUGCAAAGAAAGUCGAGGUGUAUCGCUCCAAAUCGGUGGGUCACGAACCUAGUGCUGAAGAGAACAACUCUAGCAAUGGGGGUGGUGGAGUUGGAGUAGGGUGUGGAGUCGCAGACACCAACGUAAAAAUUCACCUGGAGGUUCUGGAGAUCUGUGACAAUGAAGAGGCCAUGGACAGUGUGUCUAUUGUCUCCAACAUCAGCCAGUCAUCCACACACGCACGCUCACCUUCACUACGCUACUCUCGUCGUGAGAACCGUUUUGUCUCGUGUGACCUAGGUGAAACAGCCUCGUACUCACUGCUGAUCCCCACAAGUAACCCGGAUGCAGACAACAUUAACAUCCACAUUCCAGAUACAGUGGAAGCGCAUAGACAGAACAGCCGGAGACAGCACCAGGAGGCUGGAGGUUACCAGGAAGAGAUACAGCUGCUUAAUGAAGGCUAUAGGAGGCAGGCAGGUGAUCAGGGGAACUGAAAUAACUAGAAACACCAAGCUGUGCCAAUGGGCUGCGAAAUCCCAAGAAAGAAGUAUAGAAGGUUUGGAUGAAAUAUUGUACUGAACACUCAUAGAGUUGCAAGUUCAUGGUAGAUUAAAACACCCAGAACUAAAAAUAUUAUCAUCUAAUCACAACUAGAGUUUGCAGAAUGAUCAGAUGUUGCAAUGUGAAAAUCUGGUUCAAGGAAUCACAAGAUAGGCAUUUGUCUGACAAGCUGUUUCCUUUAGUAAGCAAUUGUGGGAUAAAAUAGGCUGGAAACAUGAGAGUAAAUGCCUGUAGAAUUUAAAUUCAAGGUUAGCAUGGAGCUGGAGGUUUGGAAAGGGGAGUAAUAUGCUAACAUGCAACUAAAAUGUGAUCAGAGAUGCAACAAAUCUCAAGAUGAGACAGAGAGUUGGUUUUUUGGAUUUGCCCUUGAUUUCAAGCCUCGGGAAUGAUAGAUUAGGGGGUUACGACAGAAAUGGUGACUCUCGGAUUGUUAGAAGUGGAGAUGUUUUGGUUUGAAUGAAGCACUGGAGAAUAAAGCUGAAGUACUUGAGUGGAUGAAAGUCACGUAUAUGCUGAAAUAAAGUUUAUUGGGUACAAAGAAGGAGGAAUGGAGUUAACAUGCUUCUCAGAUGUUCUGUCAUUCAUUGAAUGUAAAUAUAAGUGCAUAGAAAAGCUUGAGGAGAGAGUUGAAUAGAGAAGGAUAAAUACUGUUACGUGUAUGUUUGUUUGUGGUGAGAUGGACAAAGAACAGGAUUGCGAGGGCAUGUGUGCAAGAAAUGUAUUUUAGUAUUCUAGCUCAGGCAGAAACCAUAUGGCAUACUGAAAUAAAACAUUCCAAAUGUAUACAUCACAAAAAAAAAAAAAAAAAUGUUUUUAAAUGUUUUAUUAUGUUGCUGCAUAAAACAGUCAAGGUAUUUUCCCACACAGUGUGUGUGUGAAUGUUUAAAGGAAUGUUCAGGGUUCAGCACAAGUUAACUUGCACUUGUGGCAAAUGUUGAUUUUGUCUCUCCUAGUCUUUAAAAAAAAUGGAUUGCAGAGAGACAAAAAAGGAAGUGAAUGUUAAAAUGUAAAUGUUAAAAUACUUAACCAAAAAACUAAGCAGUGUGAUAAAACGGCAGACAUCUCAAAACUUUGGCCAUUUCAAAAUACCUAGAAUAUCAAAAUCAACUGCCUUUUCCUAUUUAGCGCCCAAACUCUGGAACAAUCUACCUAGCAUUGUUGGGGAGGCAGACACACUCUGUCAGUCUCUUUAACCUGGCAUAAACAAUACACAAAUCUCUUUUGAAAAUUUUGCUUCAAUGAAAACAUAACUUAAUGUACUGUAAGUGCUUUUGUAAUAUUAUAACCUUCACAUUUCUGCAUCUGUUUGGCUCUAUUCACUUCCAUUGCAAGUGCCUCACAGUAACCCUGACUAUUUUGUCUUUAUUUUUUUUAUUUUUUUUUUAAUGAAACCUAGGGAAAAAAGUGGAAAUUAAUUAUUCAACAUGUCAUAUGUUAUGCCACAAAUGUUGUUGAUUACUUGCAUUAGGCCCAGAAUAUUCCUUUAAUUGCAAUUUUAGUAUGUAUCAAUAUAUGAAAAUGCUGAUAGUUGUAUGUAUGCUUGCUUAUGUAUGUGGGUGUUUAUACAUCUUUUUUUGUUGUACUAAAGCCCUGAACUUACGUUCUUGCUUUAUAUGAAUUCCUGACAUGACUGCUGAGAAAAAGCGAAAGAGAUUCAGUCAAUGGAACAUUACACAAAAUGUAGACAUGAGCGUGAUGCAUGAGCCUAUUUUAGGUGUUAAUUUGUGUGCAAAUGUGCUCUUUUUUGAGCCACUUAAGAGUUUUCAGCGCACUGCUUUUUGUGACCCUGGCCACUCGCUUGGCAUGGUCGCAUGGUUACGCUGCUUUUCAUUUGAGCUCUGCCGUAUCAGUAUGUGAAACUACUAUUUUAAAAUGUGAAAACUUAAUGCAAAGGCCAUUCAUGGAGGCUCAUGUAGCUCUAAUAACAAUAAUAUCUAAUAAUUCAAUGUUGACAUUAUUUCUUGUUAUUUUUAAAUGUCCAUCAAUGUUUAUAUAUAUAUAUAUGUGUGUGUGUGUGUGUGUGUGUGUGUGUGUGUGUGUGUGUUCUAUUUUCAGUAUAGUAUAUUAUUUGUCUUAGCCUUGUGUUGUCAAUCAGCAAAAAUAGCAUAGAGGCAAGAGGCAUAAUGCUACAAAAUAUUUUCAUUUAUCUAGUGUUCUCAUUAAAGAUUUAUUUACAGAAAAUAGCCUCAUUCAAGAUGGAUUUAUUCCCAUUUGUAUGCUACAGCUCUUCAUUGAACCAACUCCCAUGGCCUCUAUAUAAAUGAUCCACAUCUGCAAAUGAGACAGAAAUACCUAA